GCAGGACAUGGGGCCCAUUUCCUGGCUGUGGCACCCAGCAGUGAUGAGGUUAACCCCCCAGCCCAGGCAGGGGGAUAAAUUGAGGGCCCCAGGGUGCCCCCACCUCAGGACCUGCCAGCCAAGAUGACCACGGGAAGAGCCCUGUUCAGCUGCCUGCUCCUCCUGUCACUGCACCUGGGCCUUGGCGGGUGCCCUGCUGCCCUGGGGUCUCCUGGGGUGCAGGCAGUGGAGGCUGGCGGGCCCCAGAGGCCACAGGUGGUGGGGGAAGCCGCACCUGAGCAGGCACAGCUGGGUAAGAACCCUCCAGAGCCCCCACCCGACUUCCCAGCUCCCCCCACUGCCCUGCCUGCUGCCAGCAGCCCCUUCUCUCCCCUAGGUGCCCGUCGCCCCCAUGCCCGCCUGCGCCGAGCCCUGGCCGGCCCAUGCCAGCUGUGGAGCCUGACCCUGCCCGUGGCAGAGCUGGGCCUGGGCUAUGCCUCAGAGGAGAACAUCAUCUUCCGCUACUGCGCCGGCAGCUGCCCCCGCGGCGCCCGCACCCAGCACAGUCUGGCGCUGGCUCAGCUGCGGGUGCAGGGCCGGGCCCACGGCGGGCCCUGCUGCUGGCCCACCCGUUACGCCGAUGUGGCCUUCCUCGACGACCACAACCGCUGGCAGCUGCUGCCCCAGCUCUCGGCAGCUGCCUGCGGCUGCAGUGGCUAAGGGUACCCCGCCUGGAGCCCCGUGGGGGACCCACAAACCCAGGGGGACUCAGCUUACUUAUUUAUUGGAGACUUGGAUGCAGCA